AUGGCCCCAUCGAUCCCAAUUCCCACCCAGGGCGGCAUGUUCCACACCUUCCAAGGCGUCACUCCACGCAAACCCUCAACGGACUCGCAAGAUAGCGCGAAGGCCAAUGGCACAGGGACGGCCAAGAGGAUAACCACGCCACAUGCCUGCGCCGAGUGCAAGAGACGCAAGAUCCGGUGCGACGGGCAACAACCAUGCGGCCAAUGCCUCUCCAGCAGGGCGCCCAAGCGAUGUUUCUAUGACAAGCACCGGCAACGCGUCAUCCCCUCGCGCAAGACGCUCGAGGCGCUCUCACAGUCGCUCGAAGAAUGCCGGUCCAUCCUGAAGCGGCUAUAUCCCAACCAUGAGGUGCAGGCGCUGCUGCCCCUGUCGCGGCAGGAGCUGCUCAACCUGCUGGACCGGCCGGUGCUCGACACGUCGGUCGGCGGCGGCGGCGGCCUGCCGUCGCCCCCGAUCAACACGUCGCCCAUCUCAGACAUGGGCUCGCCCACGAUGGUGCCCAAGUCGGAGAACCUCCUGGAGCAGCUGCCGUCCCGGGACACCGAGUGGGACGAGGAGCGGAGGGGGCGGGAUCCCAUCCCGGCCGAGGCCGACGACAUCAACGCGCUCUCGCUCUCGGUCGACCGGCAGGCCUCCUACCUGGGCGCGUCGUCCAUCAAGGCGGCGCUGAUGGUCAUGCUCAAGGUGCAGCCGAGCCUGCGCCACACGCUGGCGGCGCCGCUGAGCGGCGUCGAGAUGUCGCACAACUUUCCCGCCGCGCGCCAGAAGCCGCCGGCGCCGUCGUCCUCGUCCUCGUCCCAGAAGGAGGCGCAGCGGGUCGCCUGGUCGUGGAAGGGCCAGACGCUGAUCGACGCCUACUUCAAGCGCAUCCACGUGUUCGUGCCCAUGCUGGACGAGAGCACGUUCCGGGCCGACUACCUCGAGGGCCAGCGCACCGACGCGCCGUGGCUCGCGCUGCUCAACAUGGUGUUCGCCAUGGGCAGCAUCGCGGCCAUGAAGUCGGACGACUACAACCACGUCAACUACUACAACCGCGCCAUGGAGCACCUGCCCAUGGACGCGCUGGGCAGCAGCCACAUCGAAACGGUGCAGGCGCUGGCCCUGAUCGGCGGCUACUACCUGCACUACAUCAACCGGCCCAACAUGGCCAACGCGGUGCUCGGCGCCGCCAUCCGCAUGGCCAGCGCGCUCGGCCUGCACCGCGAGAGCCUGGCGCAGAGCAGCAACGACAUCGUGGUCGCCGAGACGCGCCGCCGCACCUGGUGGAGCCUGUUCUGCCUCGACACGUGGGCCACCACCACGAUGGGCCGCCCGUCCUUCGGCCGCUGGGGCCCGGCCAUCAACAUCCGCCCGCCCGAGUUCGGCGUCGGGCCGGGCCGCGACUCGUCGCAGCACGCCGGCACGCUGCCGCUCAUCGAGAACAUCAAGUUCUGCAAGAUCGCGACGCAGAUCCAGGACAUGCUCGCCAUCACGCCGCUGCUGCGCACCGAGGACCGCUGCAACCUGGACGCCCAGCUGGUCGCCUGGUACUCGGCGCUGCCCUGGCUGCUGCGCACGACGGACCCGUGCGCGGAGCCGCUCUACAUGGCGCGCUGCAUCAUGAAGUGGCGGUACCAGAACCUGCGCAUGCUGCUGCACCGGCCCGUGCUGCUCUCGCUCGCCUCGUCCGGGCUCAACCCGCACACGCAGGCCUGCGAGGCCGACCUGGCCGCCAUCGAGACCUGCCGCGACCUGGCCGCCCAGACGAUCGAGGACAUCGCGCGCGAGUGGGCCCGCAACCAGAUGUCCGGCUGGAACGCCGUCUGGUUCCUCUACCAGGCCGCCAUGGUCCCGCUCGUCUCCGUCUUCUGGCAGUGGGGGUCGCCGCGCGUGCCCGAGUGGCUCAAGCAGAUCGAGGCCGUGCUCGACCUGCUCGAGGUCAUGGAGGAGUGGUCGCUGGCCGCGCGCCGGUCGCGCGAGGUGGUCUGGCGCAUGUACGACGCCGCGCGGCAGCUGGUCGCGCAGCAGCGCGCCAGCGCCAGCCCGACCAUCCAGGUGCUGACGGGCGCCGGCGCGGCCGACGGCAUGCUGAUGCCCUCGCCCGGCGCCGCCGACGCCGCCGGCAUGCACAUGAGCCCCAUCGGGCUCGAGCCCGUCGACGGCCUCGGCAUGAUGGGCAUGCUGACCGAGGGCGGCCUCUGGGGCGGCGACCUGGACGGCAUGUACUGGGGCCCGCCCGCCGUCAGCCUCGGCAGCCCCGUCGACGACUCGGCCCUCGCCGCCGCCGCCGAGUUCGCCGCCUACCACCCGGCCGGCGCCGCUGCUGCUAGCACCGCGCCCGACUACGCCGGCAUCAUGGCCGCCGGCCACCACCCCCUUCCUCACGCCCAGCACCCCCACCAAUCGCACGGCCCGGCCUUCGGCUACGUCCAAUAA